AACUUGCAUCCAGUAGAGUUGUCCUCACCCCCUCCUCCAACCCACCAUCACCACUCCCACCCCCCCGUCUAGGGAGGUUCUCUGUGUGCGACAGCACGGCACUCUGGGAUAAUCAAACGCUCAGACACGCUCAUACAAAGCGUACACCCAGACCCAACUAACACACCCACUCCUAAAUGCACACCCCGCAUGCAAACACACAUCACUGCUGAGCACAGGUCAGCCCCCCACCCCCCCCACACACACAAUCUUCUCACUUACCUGCCUGCCUGCAGGUGAGUGGCGCUGUAUCAGGCUGCAGACGUUCUGCGAAAUAUUUCGAGGUUGCACUGGUGUUCAUAAAAUAAUCUCUUUGCAAUGGGAGGGCGAGCGAGUCUGCGCGGGGAGAUUCGCUGCCUGCUUGUGCCGCUGUGCGUGCUGCUGCUGGUGGUGGUGUGGCCAGCGGCAGGGAGUCCGCACGAGGAGAGAGGGGACAGGGCCUCCCUGCCACGGGUCAGAGGGCGGGCGCGGCAAAAGCUGCUGCUCAACGAUGAAUCUAAAGACGGCGCGUGCCCGGUGGAGGUGGCCUUCCUGCUCGACAGCUCGGAGAGCGCCAAGGCGGUGAACCACGCCGAGGAGAAGAAGUUCGUGCUGGACUUCUCCGAACGGCUCGAGCACCAGCACGUGCCGGGCGAACGCAGGGCGAGCUGGCGCAUCGCCGUGCUGCAGUACAGCAGCAGCGUGCGCAUGGAGCAGCGCUUCAACGACUGGCGCGGCCCCCAGAACUUCCGUUCGCGCAUCCAGCCCAUGGGCUACAUCGGCCACGGCACCUACACCACCUACGCCAUCACCAACAUGACGCAGCUGUUCCUGAGCGAGUCCAGGACCAGCGGCGUCAUGCUCGCCGUCCUCAUGACGGACGGCGAGGCUCACCCGCGCAAUCCCGACAUCGUGGCGGCCACCACCGACGCCAAGAACCAGGGGGUGCGGCUCUUCGUGGUGGGCCUCUCCGGCCUCGCCGAAGAGCCGGCGAACGCGGCCAAGCUGCGGCUGCUGGCCAGCGUGCCGGCCACGCGCUACGUGCACAAUAUGCGUGACAGCGGCGUCAUGGACAAGCUCCUCAAGGAGAUGUCUCUGUUGGCAUCAGAAGGGUGCGCCGCCCCGGCUAAAUGCGCUUGCGAGAAGGGAGAGCGUGGGCCCGCGGGUUUGCAGGGCAAGCCAGGUGCUGCCGGUGAAGAUGGAAUACCUGGCGUUAAAGGGAGCAAGGGAGACGCAGGACUUAAUGGAAGUCCAGGAGCCAGUGGCUUGGAGGGGAGACCAGGAUACAAAGGCGAUAAGGGUGACCGGGGAGAGUGUGGGGCCCCUGGCGACAAGGGCGAUCGGGGUCCAGAGGGCCCAGCUGGGCCCAGAGGGAUGAGAGGUCCCCAGGGUCCUCCUGGGCCAACGGGAGAGCAAGGCAUUGAGGGCAUCCAAGGACCAAAGGGUGACCGUGGCCCUGUUGGUCCUCCAGGCCUUCAAGGGGAAACUGGGAUUGGGCUUCAUGGCCCCAAGGGUGACCUCGGCCCACCGGGCAGGGCUGGUCCUGCGGGGCCACCUGGAGUAGGAGAACCUGGGCUUCCCGGCCCUCAAGGUCCUUCGGGGCCAUCUGGUGAACGAGGGUUACCCGGGGAAGGCCUUCCUGGACCAAAGGGUGACCGAGGGUUUGAUGGGCCAAGAGGAGCUCGUGGUUUACAAGGCAGUGGAGUCAAAGGAGACAAGGGAGAUAUUGGAUUACUUGGCCUGCCUGGUCCACUCGGCCUUCCUGGGGUCGGCAUUCAAGGGGAGAAGGGUGAACACGGUCCGAGGGGGAUGACUGGACCAAGAGGGCCUCCUGGAGAGGGGCUGGUGGGACCAAAGGGAGACAGAGGACUCACUGGGGACAGCGGGCCUCAGGGUCCAAGCGGCAUUGGGGAGCCUGGCCCCAAGGGUGAGAUAGGAUCCCCAGGGCUUUCUGGAAUCCCUGGAAUUCUAGGAGAGGAUGGUUCACCUGGACAAAAGGGUGAGAUCGGGUCACCGGGGCCACGCGGGCCUGAGGGGAGUGCUGGUAUUGGCGUGCAGGGAGAAAAGGGAGACCCAGGACCCAGGGGACCACGUGGGGUUCCCGGACCUGUUGGCAUCUCCGGGUUACCUGGGGCAAAGGGGGAGCCCGGCGUGCCUGGGCGUCUCGGCCUGCCAGGUUCUCCAGGACGUUCCAUUGUUGGUCCCAAGGGCGAGCACGGGCCCCCUGGGCCUGCUGGCUUUGUUGGAGAACCCGGCAUGGGUCUGCCCGGACCAAAGGGCGAUCGUGGCUUGCCAGGUGCCCCUGGCCCUGUGGGAUCCAAAGGAGAAGGCUACCCUGGGCCAGCGGGCCAACCAGGCUUGCCAGGGCCUCAGGGAGAGCUGGGACCAGAAGGCGUGGGGUUGCCCGGUCCCAAGGGUGACCUUGGUUCCAGGGGAUUACCAGGCCCUCCAGGACUCACUGGUGAAGGACUUCCUGGGCCAAAGGGCUCCAUUGGACGCCAGGGGCCUUCUGGCCCACCAGGGCCUCAAGGGGAGGGCAUCCAGGGACCCAAGGGAGAGCAAGGAUUUCAAGGGAUGGUGGGACCCAGAGGACCUACAGGAGAAGGCCUCACAGGGCCCAAGGGUGACCGUGGGCUGCCAGGAGAGAGGGGCAGAAAGGGAGACAGAGGCGAUCAGGGCGACACGGGGCCGAGCGGAGACCCGGGUCGAGCUGGGUCGAAGGGCGAGGCGGGACUCACGAGGGAAGAUGUUAUUAAACUGAUCAAGGAGGUCUGUGGGUGCGGCAGGAAGUGCAAAGAGAGGCCCAUGGAGCUGGUGUUCGUGAUCGACAGCUCCGAAAGCGUGGGCCCCGACAACUUCGAGAUCAUCAAAGAGUUCGUCAACGCGCUCGUUGAUAAACUCACGGUGGGCCGCAACGCCACGCGCGUGGGCAUGGUGCUCUACAGCCUGGAGGUGCGGCUGGAGUUCAGCCUCACCCGCCACGUCACCCACCACGACCUGCGGCAGGCCGUCCACCGCAUGCCGUACCUGGGCGAGGGCACGCACACGGGCACCGCCAUCCGCAAGGCGGUGCAGGAGGGCUUCCAGGGCUCGCGGCCCGGCGUCCAGAAGUUCGCCAUCGUCAUCACGGACGGGCAGACGGACAAGCGCGAGGCCGUCAAGCUGGACCUGGCCGUGCGGGAGGCGCACGCCGCCAACGUCGAGAUGUUCGCCAUCGGCAUCGUCAACAUGACGGACCCCACGCAGGCGGACUUCAUCCGCGAGCUCAACCUCAUCGCCACGGACCCCGACGACGAGCACGUCUACCUCAUCGAUGACUUCAACACGUUGUCCGUGCUGGAGUCCAAGUUGGUGAGCCAGUUCUGUGAGGAUGAGGGAUUGGUCUUUGCCACCACGGCCCUCAACACCAUCCUCAACGGUGACAUUCCAGCAAACGUGCCGCAACCGCCGCGUCGCGGGCAGCCGGCCGUUCGCGUCCAGCCGCCGCCGCAGCGGCCGCCGCAGCAGCCGCAGCCGCAGCCGGAGGAGGCGGAGGAGCAGGAGGAGAAGGUGCGGGAGAAGGACGAGGGCGACUACGACUACGGGGAGGAGGACUACAAGGAGGGCACGGUGCACGGGCGCCCGGGCGGCGGUCGGCAGCCCUCGCCGGGACCCCGCGUCCCCGAGGGCGCCGGAAUCCCCUCGAGGGAGAACAACAUCAUCGUCGUCGUGCCUGGCCCAUCCUCCUCGUCAUCGUCCUCAUCGCCCGGCUCCUCCACCGUCUUGUCGAGCAAGGAGAACGAGCUCCUGCUGGACGGCCGCUGCGGAGAGCCUUUAGACCAAGGCUCGUGCCGCAACUACAUCAUCAAGUGGUACUACGACCGGCAGGCCAAUGCCUGCGCACAGUUCUGGUACGGAGGAUGCGACGGGAACAGGAACCGCUUCGACUCGGAGAGCCUCUGCAAGAAGACCUGCGUCUUCCUGAGAACAGAGGCCAUCGAGGGCUGAAUCAACUUUCUGAAGAAGAAGAAGAAAGCUGGAGCUGAUGAAACUGUUUCAACUUGGCCGAGAGGAAUGCUGCUGUGAGAUGACAUCUCGGCCAUUGUAACUCACCUUGUCGAUGGUGCUAAAGGUUAUUUAAAAGAUGAUGCUGUGCACAGGCAAUUAGAUAUCCCGCUGUACUAAAGAGAGAUCACAUUGCCAGUUGUACAUCUCCGGCUUUCAUUAGUUUGGUUAGUCAUUAACACUGGAGGCUUUAGGAUUGUACUCAGGGGUGUUCUAUUAUUGAAAUGGGUUCUCACGUAUAAUCAGGAUAUAUUUCUCGUGUUGUUAGUAUCAUUGCCGAACUCUACACAGGCCGGCUAUCGUCAUUGGCUGGUUGUAAGAUAAUGUUGCAUGGCAUCCGACCGCGAUCGAUAUUUACCUGCCGCGCUUAAGAAAACGUUGCCUUUAUUGGCGAUGUUGCUAUUAUGUAAAUAAUAAUGUGCCAUGUCUCAUUUCUUGGAACCUUCACAUUCCUCCGUCACACAGCAUACACAGUUAAUUAUAAUCCAUACAGAGCGUACAGAUACUGUACACCAGACAUGCUGUGGACUUGCAGGCGUGGGAUAUGCACUCUGCGGGUGAGAAUCAAUUGGUGAAACCAUCGAUAUGUUAAAUUUCGAUUGAAAGCUUUCGUGACUGCAGGGAUUCAUCUUCUUGGUUCUUUCGGUAAAGUCACCACGUUAGAAGGGAAAUAAAAAAAUAAAAAAAUAAGUGACUUUACCGAAAGAACCAAGAACAUCGAUAUGUUGUAGAUAGUCAGAUAAGUGGGACCACUGUUCGCAAGCAAUGCUCCGGAUAAAUGGCUUGUUACUGUGCUGCUUUUCAUCAGUAGCGUUGGCAGGUAAUGACAGUAUUGUGCAUUGCUUUCAGAUGUCCUUAAAUCCUCUUCAUAUUGGCACAGCGAUUUGUUUGCUCUAUGGCUACACACAAAAGAAUGCUGCAUGCCAUUAUUUUAAUCAAAUGUAUUUUUGGUAUUAUAUACACGAGUAUUAAACUUUCUAAGAUUGAGAAA